AUCAUUUGUAACCAAGUUACGGAUCUGAGAACAUCGAGUGUUAUUUUCGAGAGCAAUCUAAAUAGACAAGUCAAACAGAGAUAAUGCUGAAUUCUGAGUGUUUUUAAUUAGUUGGAUAUGUGUGGCAGUGUGUGUACGAGUUCAUUCCAACCAUUCUACUUUUUUUAUGAAAACUGUGUGGCUGAUUUGGAAGAAACAUGUCUUAUUGUCCCAAGAUAACAGAGUUAACAACAAAAUUGCUCGAAGAAUGUGAACUUAACACAAAAACACAUUUUGAGUAUUUGAGAAACCUAAAAUAUGGCCACGAAAAAGUAAAUUAUGUGUAUGAACUGCUUAAAAUGACACCAAGUUUUCAAAAUAUUUUCAUGAAUUCGAGAAUUGUGAAAUCCAACACAAUUUCAAACAUUUUACGGAAAAAAGGAAACGACUUUUUUUCAGAGGGAAAUUAUGCGAUGGCUUUAGAGUGCUUCACAAAGAGUAUUUUGAAUGCUGAAAAUUCUAGCGAAAGUUUGGUUUUAGCAUACCAAGAUAGAGCAGUUCUACUUUUUCGAAAAAAAUAUUACUUUGAAUGUAAACAGGAUACCGAAAGAGCUCUCCAAGUAGAUUGUUCAACUAGGUCACAAGAGUCUUUAAUCAAUCUUCAAAAGGAAGCAACUAAGUACAAAUCGCAUAAUACCUACUUUUCUAAACCUAUACCACAACUGUCUAAUGAAAAUUCGCUAUGUUCCUCAGCUACUGACUUCAUAGAAAUAAAGAAAGACGAGUUGGUGGGACGAUAUUUUGUUGCAGCCAAAGACAUAAAUGUAGGAGAAAUUCUAAUCGUAGAGAAGUCUUUUGCACAUACGACAUUCCCAGAGAGCCAAUAUUUGCAUUGUCAUGAAUGUUUAGGCAUUUGCUACAAUCUUAUGCCCUGUCCAAAAUGCACCAAAGCUCUAUUCUGUAGUGAAUUUUGCAGAGAAGAAUCGUGGAAAACUCAUCAUCGAUAUGAGUGCGAUAUGAUUCCCUUGUAUGGGCAACUUACCCUGAAUUUUGUCAAAAUGGUUAUAAUUGCAGUAAACCAACUCAAAGAAGAAAGUAAAGAUGACGAAAAAUAUCAGUCGGAUAGAUUUAAAGAAAUAAAUGAAUUAGUAACAAACGAAGACAAAAGGGAAUGCGUCAACUUUUUUUAUCCUAUAAUCAUGUCUUGUAUUGGUUACCAUGACAUUAUGACCAAUACGAAUAUUUCCAAAGACGCAAAUAUUGCAGAUAACGAUUUGAAGGACCUCAUUUACAAGUGUAUAAUGAUCGAUUCCAUAAAUUCAUUCAACAUAAAAAAAUAUUCUGAAUGUGGAGAUACUUCCCAGAAAGUAGCACUAGGCAUUUUUUCAUUUUCCAGUUUUUUCAAUCAUUCCUGUGCCCCUAACUGCAGUUUUUUCUUUCAUGGACGCUAUUUAGUCGUGAGGGCAAUGUCAAAUAUAAGAAAAGGGGAGGAGUGUAAUAUCAGCUAUUAUGGAUUUUGUCCAUUCUCUUCUACCAAAGUUACUGAAAGGCAACAUUAUUUGAGAGAUAUAUUUUUCUUUGAUUGCCAGUGUAGAGCAUGUAAAGAGAAUUGGCCCACCUUCGAGUCUUUACCAUUAGGAAUUUCUGAAAGUGAAAUGAGGGAUAUUUCUGUCAUUGAUCGAGAGAGUGAUGAACUGCAACGUAUUAUAAAAUUUUUGGGAAAAGUACAGACUUAUCCAUGCCAGGCAGCAGUCUAUAUCCAGAAGAAACUAACCGUCAAAUAUAACUGCAUGGGAAACAAAAUAAUCAAUUUUUGAAAUGUCAUUGAAAAUAUGCGAGAUGUACAUUUGUUCUUCAUCCAAUUAAAAAUUAAAGUCA